CUAUAAAGGUAAUGCUUCAAGAUCUUUAUCAAGUAUUCGAAGGGUGCGCACAAAUCUCUCGAGAUGAGUUAUGGUCUCUGGAACGCUUAAAUGACCAAGUAAAAUCACGUGCAAACUUGAUUGCACAUUCUGAAUCACUGAAGAACGAUAUUUUGCUCUCAACAAGGGGUAGCAUGACUGGUCUAGAUCAUCACCGUUGUCCAAAGAAUACGAUUUGGUCGUGGAGUGAGGGUUGGAAUCGACGAUGGUUCCUCGACUCAACAACAUUAUCUAUCCAACCAAGUUGCUCCCCAGCAAGCUCUGCACAUAAUCCCAAUCCUUCUUUACUGUCAACGCUGGCUUUAAUAAGAAAUUGUGGGAGUUUGGAUUUGAUGAUGGAAGGUUCGCGCCUGACUGUCAAGGCAUCGAUGUUUGAGUCUACUCCUCUCGAUACUCCAGCCAGUACAGUACUGGAACUGGACGGCCAAACACACAAGUUCGAGGUAUUACCAUGUGGCUUACAUGCUAUUGCAGCUUCGGUUCUGUUUGGAGAUUCCUGGAAUAUGAGCACAUAUACUGGCUACGUCGCAGGAGGUGGCCGAUCGGUGGAAAUUUUGUUAACACUACCACCACGAUUGCAUGCAAAUCAACGGUUUGAGAAGUUAACCUCCCGUCACCCAUACCCAGGGAUGGAAUUAGCUCGUCAAUUGCGCGUUCAGCUCUGGCUCAAUAGUGGGGUUGAGCCAUGCAAAGACUAUUUGACAAUGUUGGCUGGGAUAUCUGUGGCAUCGCUUCAUCCACAGCACUUUGGAGUCCGUGGCUUCCAGAAGAGCUCAAUAAAUCAUAGUUCAGAGGCCCUGAACUGGUCCAUGAUCUUACAAAUUUACGCUACGUACGUCGCUGCCCCAACAUGUACGUCAGAUUAA